CCGGAAGUCAUUGAAUUUUUUUUCAGACACGGCGGGUGUUUAAACGCUAGCUAUGUCAUGUAUGUCGUAGUGACGUAGUGUCAGUUUUUAUUAGGAAAAUUUGGCUUUUGAUGUUUCUGAUGUUUGUCCUUCUAACUGAAGCAUAGUCUUUUUCGGAAAGAAUGUGAAAACACUCUCAACCUAAGCAACGAUGCCGAGAUGUGGCCUGGCUUUCAUCCCAGUCAGCUUGGUAGUCAUAGCAACACUGUUGAUAGGCAUCACAUUUCCUCUGGCCGUUGCAAAUAAUGACGUGGCUCCGUUCUUUCCCUAUCUCAGUUUUCUGGGCUCCAAGCCGCCAGCAUCCAUCGUGUUCAGCUACUUGUUGUAUGCGUCAUCUCUGCUUGUUGUCGCAGGUUCCUAUGUUAGAUACAGACUGGUGCGGCUGAGUACCGGCGAUCUGUCCAAGCACUCCCGACGGCUCAACAUCGCCGGGUUUGUCCUGGGUAUCGCAGCCGGGGUGGGGAUGUCGGUAGUGGCAACGGUCAGGAUUACAGAGGUCUAUACCAUUCACAUGCUAGGGGCGGGUCUCUUAUUUUGGCCCUCUGCAGCCUACUGUAUACUGCAGACUGUCCUCUCUUACCUGAUGCUCACCCCUCAGGGUGGUAAUGGUACUGUCUGCCGCCUUCGUCUGGUGCUGAGUCUUAUGUCUUCUGUUAGCAUCUUUACUUGCCUUAUUUCCUCCAUUCUUGCUGCAAUUGGGUGGUCUGAGGUUCAACACCAUGUCGAUGACAAACAGCAUUGGCAGGAGUUGGAUGGGGGUUACGUAGCUCAUCUCGUCAGCGCCUUCACUGAGUUGACCAUGGUCCUAUCCUUCAUCUUUUACUUUCUCACUUUCAUCCCUGAGUUCCGUCACGUUCGUCUCAAAGUGAUCUUCAUCUCACACGAUGGCGACGACAGGUGCAUCAUGGGUAAUGACAGGGAGGGGUUGCAAUGUGGGCGGAGUUAUCACUUUCUCUCGGGGGAGGGCAGCGAUGAGGAAUCGACAGAGAUAAACAGUAAAGUUUAGGGAUAGGAAUCCUAUAGUUUUUUUUUCAUCCUGGGCAACUUUCAUGGCCAUCUUUUUUUCAGCCAGGUGAUAUGUUUUGGUUUCUCCUUGUUCCCAUUUUUACGUUAAUACAAAAAAAGCAAAACAAACAAGCAAGGAAAGGCACAGAAUGCUAAAGAGCAGAUGUAAGCUAGACAUGUGAGCACCUGAUUGGCUGUCUUUGCUAAGCAAAAUGUGCCCUCUCUAGUGUGUACACAAAUCAGAUAUUACUUAAAGGUAAUAUACAACAUUUGCAAACAUCAAAACACAAAACUACCAAAUUAGAUGAAAUACCUUUACUUCACUGUAAGCGAAUGAUAGUCUCAAGCAUACUGUGAAA